UUUCCCCUUUUGACAUUUUGUAGUUGUUUUUCUUCUGACCCAAAAUCCCCAAACAAAAAUGGUCAGAAAACGGUCCAGAACGGCCUCGACCCGUCGAAAAACCUACGACAGCGACGACGAAGACCUGGAAAGCGACUCAGAAAUCAAUUCCAGCCCGGAAGCGUCGCCCCAGCCCAAACGCUACGGCCUCAGACAGCGAACCAAGAAAACAAUAUUCUUCGAAGACUACGAAGACUUUGAAGAGCCUCAGAAAUCUAAGGCGGACAGCUCAGAAGACGACGAGUACCAAAUUGAAGAGGAUCUGAAAAGUUUCAAAACUGUAAACCACAAAACGCGUAGAAGCAGGUUGAAGAUUACUCCGAGAAGGAAAAGUCUUCAGUUGUCGGUGUUGGAAAAUGAUCCGUCUGAAGAUUUGACAGUUUCGGUUGGUGCAAUUCUGCCACUUGAUUUGGAGCAGGAUCAGGAUCUGAACGAUGGGUUGAUUGAUUAUGAGGACAUGAUCAGAGCGGAUGUUGUGGUUAAUAAGAAGUUGGACGAGGAGGGGGCGAGUAAGGCUGAUGCUCAGGAGAUCAGAAAAGGGGGUGACAAUAGUAUGGAUAAAGGUCGAAGAGGUCGCAAACCGAAAAAAAAAUUCUCCCCCGCCGCCGUGGACGACGACGCUUCCGCCAAGCUCGAAGUCCAAAUCGACCCCGCAAACUUCGUGCACCAGAACGAGAUCAGAAAAACCAACGGUCUGAGCCCGGCGAGCACCAGAAGCCGCAAAAAACCGGCUCAGAACGGCGCGAAAAUCGAACUCGCCCCCUCAAUUCUUGACGGAAUCGAAAAAUUCGUCCCCCCCAACCUGGAUGAUAAGGAAAAAGAAGUCGUUCUGAGCAACGAGUAUUUGCUCGGAAACAGCUUUGACAUGACGGCGGAUCAGUUUUUGGAACGUCAAAAGGAGCCUCAGAAAGAGGAGGAGGAGGAUCAGAACUUGCUUCAGAAUUUGCCUCCAAUGGAUUUUGAUGAAAGCGGCAGCGACGAUGACGUAGUGAUUAUUGAGAAAAAGCCGGAAAUCAUCGUUUUAGAUGACGACUGAAGAUUAAAAAAAAAACUUUUCUGAGUGUAUGUUUUCUGAGUACUUUUUAAGGAUUAAUUUUAAUAAUUGGUUUGUUCACACGGAGACGAAAUCGGAUUUUAAUUAUUUUGUACAUAUUAUUAAGUAGGGUAUUUCAAAUUUUUUCUCCUCAAAUAAUUAUAAAUAAAAAUAGUUUUAAAUUUGA